GGCGUGGUGAGUCCCGAACACCCCUGAUCCCCCCGAUACUGACGCGGUUAGUCCCGAAACCCCCGGUACCGGGUCUCCGAGAGCCGAUGCGGGCGUCCCGAAGAUCCCGGGGAUGGCCGUGACCUAAGCCCAGUGCCGAUGGAGCAGCCCCGGUACCGGGACGGCCUCGGGGGGAGCGGGCCCGGGGGGGACUCCUGCGCUGCCUGGAACGGGACUUGCGGCCACCCCCGCGCUGCCACCAGCGCUACCAGCCCCGGCACGCCGGGCGACGACGAUGACGAAAGCGGCGAGCGCGACCCUCCUGUCCCUAGCCCCCGUGGCGUCCCGGGUCCCGGGACUGUCCCGAAACCCGGCAGUCCCCCCAACGCCGGGAGUGUCGCCAACCCCGGGGGUGUCUUCAGCCCUGAGGGUGUCACCAACCCCGGUGGCGUCCCUGGUGCCAGGAGUGUCCCCAGCCCCGGCAGUGUCCCCAACACCCAGAGUGUCCCCACCCCCGGGGGUCGCUGCGGCUGCGGGGGCCCCCCGGCCGCUCCCCCGAGCCCUUCCCGGGACAUCCCGUGUGCCCUCGGCUGCCGGCACCGAGGACUCCCGGAGGGCAACGGCGACACGCGUAGAACGCGUCGGCGACCGCGACAACGCCACGAGGAGGAGGAGCACGUCGAGGACCCAGGGGACACCGCCAAGGUACACCGGCGCUCCCUGCCCGUGGCCCGGGCAGGGGUCGCGCUGUGCCUGCGGCUGCUCGGAGCUCUCCUGGCGCUGCUACUCCUCUUCUUCCUUCUUCUCCUCGGGGCGCUACGCUCCUUCCUCCGCGGGGGCUUCGCGAGGCUCCGCCGCUGCAGAGAGCUGCUGGGUGAGUGGCUGCUGCGGCGGCGGGGAAGCCACCGCGCUGUCGCCGGAGGCGGCGGCGAGGAGGACGUGACACGUUUGGUGGCCAUGGCCGACGUGGCCGAGGAGGAGCUGGAUCCGUUCCGGGUGCUCGGCGUGGAACCCACGGCCAGCGACACCGAGCUCCGGCGAGCGUACCGGAGGCUGGCGGUGCUGGUGCACCCCGAUAAGAGCCGCGACCCCCAGGCGGGGGUGGCGUUCAAAGUGCUGCGGGCGGGCUGGGAGCGGGUGAGCAGCCCCGAGAGACGGCACCAGUACGAGAUGAAGCGGCUGGUGCAGGGGGAGCUUGCGCGGGCGCUGGGCGCAAUCCUGGGCCAGCUGCAGGAGGAGCUCAGGGAGGCCAUGGACGCCAUGGGCUGCACCCGCUGCGGGGGAAGACACAGGCGGUUCCAGCUGGACAGGGACCCCCACGGUGCCCGGUACUGCGCCAGCUGCGGGGGGUGGCAUGCGGCCGAAGAAGGUGACCUGUGGGCAGAGUCCAGCCUUCUUGGCCUCAAGGUCACCUACCUGGCCCGCAUGGACAGCCACAUCUACGAUGUCACCGAGUGGGCAGGCUGCCAGCGUGUGACCAUCUCCCCAGACAGCCACCGCGUCCCCUACCACCUGUCCUUCGGUGCCAGGACAGCCGUGCCGGCCAGACGGCAGCGGGCCCCUCCCAAGGGCAACCCCCCCUCCCGCAACGACCUCCAGGAUUUCCUGGCCCGCAUUUUCCAGGGAAAUCUGGGAUCGGGGGAAGGCGGGGGGACUUUCCCCACCCCCCCCGGGGCCGCGGGACACCCCCAGGGAAACCCCCAGGCCCAGGGGGGCCCCCCCAGGGGGGACACCAAGCACAAGAGGAGGAAGAAGGGGCGGCGGCCGCUGCCCCGCUGAGGAAACACCACCCCGCCCCCCAAAAUAAGGGCUUGGAAUAAAAAUCUGGUUUUUUUCUUUUU